AUGACGCGUUUGCUGCGAGUCGAUGGUGGUCGCGAAGGAGCCUGGUUACUGUUAGAUGGAGGCAAUAACGACGACGAGGCGCUAUUCUUAUCUGACAUCGAAAAUACAAAGUCGAUUGAAGAGCUCAGUUUCAUGGCGUUUCAGACGGCGGAUGCUGUCAACUGUCACAUCAACGUAAUCAUCGCCAUUCUUCACGCAAAGUCAAACGCCUCGCAACGUGACCCACAAUUGACAAUUGUACCACUGAAUUCAACGCGCAAUGAGAUAACGGCCUACCAUGUGGGUUUGAUGCCACAAUUCCCGAGGCCUGAGAGUGGGAUGCGCGCAAUUCGAGCCGCCGCAUCAGUGUGGAUUGUUCACUUCUUCCGGGAAGCUCGCACCGGAGUUGGCGCCUUGAGGACACGCGCGCUUGCGCAAAGGUCAUGCAAAGAUAACUCGAUGCGACGCCAUUCCGAUUCCGCAUCCUAUGUCAACAUGUCAAAUAGGCUGGCCAAUGGUUGGGCAUACCGAGGAUAG